AUGGGACGGCCUAUCCGUAGUGCGUCCCACCUAGCGGCCGUAGCAAUCUCGUGCCUGAAGGAACCCCAUGUGUUUGCGUCCGCCGUGACUGACCUGCCGCGCCACGCGCUUGCUGUGCACGUUGGAGGUGAGGUCCCCGAGGGGCGCGUACUCCUGCGCGAACACGUAGAAGCCGGCCGUCUCGAAGGCGACGUCGUACGUGGUGAUGAUGCCGUAGGCCGUGUACUGCUUGGGCAGCGCCUUCAGCACCAUCUCGGUGUCGGUGAUCUUGCCGAACCAGCCCUCGCCCACGAUCUGCAGGAUGUCGAACUCGUCCGAGAGGCACACCUGCGCAUGAGGACGGGGUCAGAGGAAGGGAGAGAGAGAUAUGUUGCUGAACUAGCGGUGGCGACAGAGAUUUCUGCGAUGACGAUGGAUGGGCCUUCGGAUGGCCACCUAUCCAGGAGCGGAAUUAAACGCCGGGACAAGUCCUUCCCCAAUCGCCCCGGCGGCGAAGACGUUCGGGCUGUGGUUGAAACCUCUCCCACGGAGCCGCCAGGGGCGGCAGCGCGCGCGCGCGCGGCACGCGACGGGCAUCGAUCGCGGGCGAAGGACGCGCGGGGCGGAAGCGUCGCCCCCAGGGCGGGAGGGUUGUGUGGCCGGCGGCGGCGGCGGCGGCGGAGCGUUCCGGCAACCGCCAACGUUCGCUUGUCCUCCCAGCGCUUUCCUUUUGUUCUGCGCGCUGGCGGCCCGCGCGCCGCCGCUGGCCCGCGGCCCCCGCUGCUCCGCCGCCGCGGCGCACUACAGCUUCCACCGCCCGCCCCCGCCGGGGACCCUCGAGGACCUAUUUUCUUACGUUCCGAACCAAAUGAAGCAGUCAGGGGGCGAUCAGAAGGAGGCUGGGGCAACUAUCCGCUAGCCCCGACUUAA